UUAUUGCAGCAAUUCCAAAAUGAGUAUUCAAAAGCUUAAAGUACGAAUAGAAAGGUUAAAAACCACCACCAACUACUCGUAGACUUUUGGUUUUGGUUUCAUCUACUGCUGCAUUCAACUUUUCCUCACCUUCAAACUUGCAAAUUGCCCGGUUCCAUUCCGCACUCUCAAAACUAUCAGAUUCUCUCCUUCUCUUAGAUAGAGACCUGAUGGCGGACAAGGUGGUGGAUGCACUACUUGGUUCCACUGUUAAAGUUCUAGUGGAGAAGGCAAUAAACUUGGCUUCCGAGCAAAUUGGCCUGUUUGUUGGCUUGAAGAAAGAUUUGGAGAAACUGACGGACACGUUGACUCUGAUCCAGGCUGUCCUUCGUGAUGCAGAGGAACAACUGGUGACUCAAGAGUUCGUGAAGCGAUGGUUGGAGAACCUUGAAGCAGCGGCUUUCGAUGCUGGUAAUCUCUUGGAUGACAUCAACUAUGAGAUGAUCCGGCGCAAAGUUAAGAUUCAAAACCAAAUGAAGAGGAAGGUAUGCUUCUUCUUCUCACUCCCCAAUCCCAUUGCAUUUCGUUCCAAAAUGGCCUGCAAGAUUCAGAAAAUCAAUAUGGAUUUGAAAAGAAUCAAUGAAGAAGCAAGGAACUUUAGCCUCCAGUCACAGACAGCAUCUGCUCUUUCUCCUCCCAGUGAAGCACGAUUUAUAAAGAACAGAGAGACUGACUCUGUUACUGUUGAUGCGAGUUUCGUUGGAAGAGAUAAUGAUGUCUCAGCAAUAGUAACACAAUUGACUGCCAUGAAUAAUAAUGAAACUAUCUCCGUUCUCGCUAUAGUAGGGAUGGGAGGUAUCGGGAAGACCACCUUGGCUCGAAAAGUUUUCAAUGAUCCAAAUAUUGAAAAACAUUUUGACAAGAGAAUAUGGGUGUGUGUCUCGGAGGAUUUCAAUUCCAAUAGGCUGUUUGGAAUGAUUCUACAAUCGCUGCAAGGUCGAGAGCCUGAAGCCAAGGAUAGGGAAGCCAGAGUCAAGCAGCUUAAGGCAUUAUUGGGUGGUAAAAAAUACCUACUGGUCUUGGAUGAUGUGUGGAAUAAGGAGUCCACGCUGUGGAAUGAUUUUCUUGGGUCUUUGAAAGGUACUAGCCAAGAAAUGGGGAGUUGGAUUCUUGUGACCACUCGUGAGCAACAAGUGGCAACCAUCACGAGAAUUUCUUCUCCUCAAGAUUGUUCCUUGAAACAAUUAUCAGAUGAUCAAUGUUGGCUCAUUCUCAAAGAAAAUGCAUUUGUUGGUGGGGAAGUGCCGGUUGGGCUGCAAGAUAUAGGGUUGAAGAUUGCGCAAAGAUGCCGAGGCUUACCAUUGGCUGCAAGUGUUCUCGGUGGCAUGCUGCACAACAAGGGACCAGAUGAAUGGCAAAGCUUAGAGAGUGGGCUUCAAAGUUUAGGCGGAGAUGAAAAUAGUUACGUCACUAAAAUUUUGAAGUUGAGCUUUGAUCAUCUUCCACAUCCUUCUCUUAAAAAGUGUUUUGCAUAUUGUUCAAUUUUUCCCCAGGAUUUUGAAAUGGAAAGGAAUCAAUUAAUCCAACUUUGGGCUGCAGAAGGAUUUCUUAAUCCAAAUCCAAGAGAAAAGAUGUGUAUGGAGGAAGUUGGUAAGAUGUAUUUUAACAUUUUGUUGGAUAGUAACUUGUUUCAAGAUGCAGAGAAGGAUGCUUAUGGGAAUGUUUUGUACUGCAAAAUCCAUGAUCUUGUGCAUGAUAUGGUGCAAUCCAUUUCCAAUUCCAAAACUUUAAGGUUGACAGAGUCUAGUAGUGUUGAUAAGGAAACGUCUUCUAUUCGGUAUCUUGCAUUGGAGAGAAGUCAAGAAGAAAUGACAUUUCCUUCCACUGAAAGUUUCAAGUGUAUUACAACAUUGUUUUUGCGGGGAAACAUAUCACUUAAUGAUAGGGAGAUGUCAUUUUUUAUGUUGCGAGUUUUGAACUUAAGGGCAUUGAGUGUCAAAGAGCUUCCUAAAUCAAUUGGCAAGCUAACUCAUUUGCGAUAUCUUGAUUCAUCAAAAACUUCAAUCAAAACAUUACCAGAGUCUCUAUGUCAACUUUACAGUUUGCAGACAUUAAGAGUUAAAUAUUGUGACUCACUGACAAAGUUUCCCGAGAAUUUCAAGAAUUUGGUGAAUUUGAGGCACUUUGACUUUUUCUCCAAGGAUAAAUCAACUGAUAUCAUGCCUUUGGAGAUCGGACAGUUGCAAUUUCUCCAAACUUUGCCAUUUUUCAAUAUUGGUGAAGAAAGAGGUCGACAAAUUGGAGAAUUGAGGAAUUUGAAGAAUCUCAGUGGACAACUUGAGGUACGUAAUCUUGAAUUAGUGAGAAGCAAGGAAGAAGCCGAGUCUGCAAAUCUGAUUGGGAAGCCAAACAUUGAUGUGUUAAAAUUACUGUGGAAUGAAAUAGACAAUUCAAGAAAUAAUGAUAGUGAAUACAAUCAAGUGUUGGAAGGCUUGCAUCCUCACCCAAAUUUGAAAGGUUUGAUAAUUGAAAGAUUUUUUGGUGACCAGCUUUCGACAUGGAUUGGAGAACUCGGGAGAUUGGUGAAAUUCGAAUUGCAAAAUUGUAAAAAUUGCAAAGAGUUACCAACUCUUGGAAACAUGCCUCUCCUCAGAUUUCUUCACUUGGAAGGACUUGACAGCCUAACAAGCUUAGGCCCUUCUUUUUAUGGCAGAUCAGGCCUGCAUAGUGGCGGUACCUGUCAAAGACCCCUAAACUUGUUUCCAACACUUGAAUGUCUCAUUGUAGAAGAUAUGCUAAAUUUGAGGGAAUGGACGGAAGCAAGUGUUGAUGAUGGGAUGGUGGUGGUGUUUCCGGUCCUUGGUAUGAUGAGGAUUAUUAAUUGCCCUCAGUUAGCCACUCUUCCAAAUUAUUUUCCACGUCUCAAGGAAUUGGAGAUCCAUAACACUCAAAAUGGAUCAGCAUUAAUGACAUAUAUUUGUAGCGGAGUCAGCACUCUCACUAGACUUUCCAUUGAGAGUGUGAAUAGGUUCACCAAGCUAUCAAAUGUGUUAUUCCAAAACAAUCCCAAGCUUGAACAUCUCGAAUUAAACGAAUGUGAUGAUUUGACCCAUUUCUUGGAUUUUUCGUUUGAUGUUCCUCAAACUUCAAAAAGACCAAGUUACCAAUCAGUACUUGAGCACACUUGUAUUGACAAAAAUGAUCCUCGACAUUUGGUUGGCCUUGAGUCCCUAGAGACAUUAAUUGUUCAUCACUGUCCCUCGCUGGAGUCAAUUUCAAUCCCCAGGGGACGCAAAUACUUCACAGCCUUGCGAGAAUUAAACAUUCAGUGGUGCCAUGGGUUGACCCACUUGUCCAUCCCCCAAAUAUCUGAGUCAGGGUGGGAUUCCACUUCUUCACCACUCUCCUCCUCCAGUACUUGUCCUCCUCCUCUUCGUCUUGAGCGAUUGGUAGUAUACGGAUGCACCAAUCUUAUCUCCUUCCCAAUUGAUUUAGCCCGAACACCUUCUCUCUCUUACGUGGACAUAUCAGAAUGUGAGGAAUUAACCGACUUGCCCAAGGGUAAGCUUUGUUCUCUUACAAGCUUGAGAAGGUUAGAAAUCGGACCAUUCUCAGAAACCACCACAGAGCUGCAUUGCUUCCUAGACCUCUUUGAUGCUCUCCCACCACCGCACCCCUACUUCCCCUCCCUUUCAACAUUAUUUCUGUUUGGAUGGCCUCAUUGGGAAUCUCUGCCCGAGCAACUUCAGCACCUCUCUGCCCUAACAGCUCUUGCACUAAGUGGUUUUGGAGUAAAAUCAUUGCCUGAUUGGUUUGGGAAGCUUUCCUCACUUGAAAAACUCAGUCUCUGGGCUUGUGAAAAGUUAGAGAAUUUACCCUCUCACCAAUCUAUGAGAAGCCUCACCAGACUAAGAGAGCUGCAGAUUUUUUAUUGUCCCCUUGUAAAGGAAAGAUGCAAUCCAGAGAGCAGCAGCAGCAGCAGCAGCGACCCCAAUUCUGAGCGGUCGAAGAUCUCCCACAUUCCUUAUAUUCUCAUUCAUUAGAGGCUAAUCUCCAUUUGAAGUUCAUAAAUAAUGUCAGUUUCCCCAAUUAAAGCAACUAGAUGUAUUGAAACAAAAGUCUUCAGCCAUCAUGGUUUCCUGUUUUAUGGUGAGCAGAUAAGUACCUACACAUUCUUGGCAUUUGCAAAACUGAUGGUCUGUUUGUUAUGGAAGGGCUUUCUAGCUUCAAAUAGAUCCAUUAGGGAGAAUUCCAAAAGGAAUUCUUUCUCCUUUGUAUGGAGAUGUUAUGGCAAUACCAAGUUUAGUAUUAGAGUCUACAAUGAACCAUUUUAAAAACACAUGGAAUAGCAUAGAGGGCUGAGGGUGUAAUAUGUUUUCUUGAGGCUUCAAACUCUCUAACAUGCUGCAACAAGGAUUGUUUGGGUUGGCUAAGGGGAUCCUCAUGUAUGAGGUAACACUCAUCUUUCUGAUGAAAAAUUUGUGAGUCAGGAAAAAUUUAUCAGACUUCAAAGACAAUCUAAAGGGGUAAUGAUAUGUCAUUCUGCAUAAUCACAUUCACAAGCAUCAGGAGUACUUCUUCUUUUCAGAAUCAUCUUCAGACCAUCCCCAUAAAGGCACCACUUUUUUGUAUUCAGGUUGGCUAUGGGGAUUCUCAUGCAUGAGAUAACAUUCCUCUUUCGGAUGAAAAAUUUAUGAUUCAGGAAAACUUUAACCAACUUCAAAGACAAUUUCAAGCAGCAAUGCUAUUUAAUUGUGAAGCUUGUCAGAUGAUUAAAUAGUCAAGUAGCCUUGAAGCAAUUGUUUGAUAUGUCAUCCAAUUAGAGCUAGUUGGUGUAAUAAUUGGCAAUUUUCUAUUUUUAUUUCAGCCAGUAUACAGUGAUUUGUAGCUGGUCCUUGAUAUUACUUUAUCUAUGGUUAACCAACGAGAAUAUUUUCAUGUGGUUGAUCUCUUAGUUGCGGAGUUAGUUCUUAUUCUCUAAUGAAUGUAUGUGUAUGUUGAACAAUAUUAAUUAGGGGAUUACAUUCUUUUAUGUUGUGAAUUCUCAAAUGCAACUCUGCUUUCUUAUGCAGUUGUUUGAGUGGGAAAAAUCUGAUGAAUGGUCUGAAGACAUGAUUUGAAGUUUUAUUGUACAUGAAAAGCUAUGUGUAUCAGCAUAAGCUGUUGUCUCAAUCUGAUGGGCCUCAUACUCUAGUUCAAGGCUAUUGCAAAGUUGAUGGAAUGGAUGCCAUGAUUAACAUGCUUCCUUUGCUUAUCUCAUAAAGUUCUCCAGUCUACAUUUUCAUGAGAUUUUGAUAACUGUGAUUCUUUGAAAUGAAUCAGAUAAAUGGACUAUGAAGAAGGUCAAAAUUUUUAUGUAGGGGAGGUAGAGUUCAGUGCAGGGGUACACAUGGAAUCUUGAUUCAUGUCGUUUCAAUAGGAAGUGUUCUGAGAGGAAGGAUCAACCGUUUUGGCAGUACUGUUCAUAUGGAUGGCACUUUGCUAGUGAAAGAGAGUGUACUGGUAAGGGAACCUGUUUCAGAAAUACUUGACACUUGUUUUAACAGAAAAGGCAUGGCACAUUUUGAGGAACCUUUGCUAUGUUAUCUGAGAUUAUGCAAUGAGGAUAUGACUUCCAGUGGAAGAUUUAGGUCUUUACUUGGCCUAGUUCAAGUGAUCUUCUGCGGUUGCAUUAGAAAAAGUAAGCAGAAAACCUUUAUAGUCAUAAUGAUCUAUCUGGGCUCUCUCAAAACAAAGACUCGCACUUUAAUUGCAUACACAACAGGCAAUUCUAUGUCUAAUUUGAGAGUCUACUAUCACAAUGCUGAGCCCAUGGAAGUAUACAUGAGGUUGACAGUGAUAGAUUUUCUUGAGGCUUAGAGCUCUUCAAGAAUCUACAUGCAAGACGAUUCUGGCUGACUAUGGGGAUUCUCGUGCAUGAGAGUUUCAUAAUCAGUGGAGUCAAAAAGAUCUUCAUAGAUUGCCAUAUAUUUUAAACUUGUAUGAAAUUGUGAAUCUUUCACCCAUUGUUUACAAGGUAAAGAAAAGAGCUAUGGAUGAGACAAUAUAGGGAAAGCUAUUGGUCGGAUUUUAAGUCAUGCUUUUCAGAAACAGAAUUUGUAUCUAUUCAGAUGACAAAUGCUGCUAAUGAAGCUUGUCAGCCCUUUUAAUGAAACAUAACCUGGUCUCCUCAAGAAGCUUUCAUCUAUUGAAGGAUCGUAAGUUGGCACAUCUGAAAAACUUGAGUUGCAAACCUCCUACCAGUCCAUCCGAAGCCUCCCUAUAGGAAGCACAUCUUCUGAUCUAAAGGGAAGGUGCUGUAACAUGAGCUGCUGCCCCAACAUUGACUGGUGCAAGUACUACCAGAUUACCUACUUUAAGAUUGUUCGUAUUCUAACUGGAAGCUAGGUUGUAAAAAUUUGCUCAAUUUCUUGGAAAAUUCUCAUCUACGCCUAUGUUAAGGAUGUCUCAAUGCAGUAUACACCAAUCAUUAUGUUGUCUUCAGUUGUGUAUAUUCAAUAAUCUCAUGAUGCUGUACAUUCUUUUGAAAUUUUGAUGAAGAGCUCCUUAUUGUUAGAUGUAAAAGUCAAUGACUAUUGCAACAUAACACAUUGUAUAGUGUAUGAUCUUGCGCAAUCUAUUUUGAGUUUUGGAAAAGCUGAUGUGGAUGGUAUUUGC